GUAUUGUGAGGAAGAGUUUUGUGGGAGGAAGAUGGAGAAGGAGAAGCAAUCGGAAAAUUCAAAGGUGUGUAAAAGGUGCAAGCAAAGCUAUAACCCCGCUUCCAACACUUCAACCUCUUGCCGUUUCCACACUUCCUUCUUCGUUUGUCGCCGUCACGACGAUCAAAAGAGGUACUAUGAAUUGGGUCCGGAUGAUCCACCUUAUGCUGCCAAGUUCUAUGACUGUUGUGGGGCUGAAGACCCUGAAGCUUCUGGCUGCACAACCAACUUUCAUGUCUCUUAUGACGAAGACUGAUGUAAAAUCUCACUCCUAUUACUUACUACUUAGUAUUGAACAAUCUACUAUUAUACUUGUCUCACUUUUACCAUUAUAUAUGAUUUCCAGAUUCUUCAUCUAUACCUUGUUAUGCACAAACUGAGUUUGGUGACCAUGUUUUCUUAAUUUCUUCA